AUGGAUGGUGCAUUGCUUUCCAGGUAUAUCUCAUUUCCCUCAUUCUUGUUAUUGUCAUUGUUGUUGGUAUUAGCCGCAUUGCCGCCAGUAAAAUCUGGUGAUGCUGAGUCUCUCUUGGCUUUGAGACCCUCAAUAGAUCCUUUAGGUGUGCUUCAAUGGGGGAUUCAGGGAAUCAAUGUCUGCCAUUGGCAAGGCGUUAGAGAAUGCCUGAAUGGCAGGGUAACAAAGCUUGUGGUUGAGAGAUUUAACCUUAGUGGCAAAUUAGAUGGCAGAAGCCUCAACCAGUUGGAUCAGCUAAGGGUCUUAAGCUUUAAACAAAACUCCCUUAUUGGCCAAAUCCCUCAACUCUCGGGUCUUGCCAAUCUAAAAUCACUUUUUCUCAAUAACAAUAUGUUUUCAGGCCGAAUCCCGGUCACUCUCUCUCAUCUCCACCGUCUCAAAGUCAUUGUCCUGUCCAGUAACAGGAUUACAGGCCCAAUUCCUCUGCCCUUUGUCGGUUUGAAUCGACUGUACGUUCUCUAUUUGCAAGACAAUCAGUUGACGGGACUUAUACCUCCUUUUAAUCAGAGCAGCUUGAGAUUCCUUAAUGUAUCCGAUAAUCGGCUCUUGGGAAAUAUCCCGACAACUCAAGCACUGACCAAGUUCAAUGAAUCCUCAUUCGUUGGUAACCUUGACUUAUGCGGCAGACAAAUUCGUCGACCAUGCGACUUUUUCAGCCCCUCAGCGAGCCCAUCAUAUAUGCGCCACCAUCGCGGGCCGAACAAGAAACUCAUCUGGAUUAUUGUGCCGUCUGUUGUUGGGUUUGUCGUGUUGUGUGGCAUGACAUCCUUCUUGGCUGGAUGCUUGAGAAAGACGAGUAGACAAAGCGAAACAAGAAGUAAAGGGGUUACUCGGGGGCUAGAAGAAGGAGGGACGAGUGGUGUUGCUAGUGUUAUUAGGGAUGACAACAAUAACAAUAAAAGCAGUAGUAACGGGAGUAUGCGAGGGGGGUUUUCGUGGGACCAAGGGGCCGAGGGACUAGGGAGCCUGGUGUUCCUCGGGCCGGGGGAUCAGAGGAUGAGUUACGGGCUGGAGGACUUGUUGAAGGCCUCAGCUGAGACCUUGGGACGUGGGAUCAUGGGGAGCACUUAUAAAGCGGUCAUGGAGUCGGGAUACAUUUUGACAGUGAAAAGGCUUAAGGACGCCAGGUACCCUACUAUGGAGGAGUUUAGGAGGCACAUCGAGAUCGUGGGCCGGCUGAGGCAUCCGAAUCUGGUCCCGCUCAGGGCCUAUUUCCAGGCGAAGGAGGAGCGUCUGCUCGUAUACGAUUAUUUCCCAAACGGUAGUCUUUUCUCACUUAUACAUGGGUCAAGAGGCGCAGGCGGGUCAAAGCCCCUCCACUGGACAUCUUGCCUGAAGAUAGCGGAGGACCUAGCUGCUGGGCUCGUGUACAUCCACCUGAACCCGGGUCUGAGCCACGGCAACCUCAAGUCCACCAAUGUCCUCCUCGGCCCUGAUUUCGAGUCGUGCCUGACGGACUAUGGACUCUCCACGUUCCGCAAUCCAGAGGCACACGAGGAGUCGGGAGCCUCGUCGCUCUUCUACCGGGCCCCCGAGUGCCGCGAUGCUAGGCGGCCCAUGACCCAACAGGCGGACGUCUACAGCUAUGGGGUCCUCCUGCUGGAGCUCCUGACGGGCAAAACCCCAUACCGUGACCUGGUUCAGGAGCAUGGCUCCGACAUCCCCACAUGGGUCCGGGCCAUCCGGGAGGAGACCGAGUCGGGGGAUGACCUCGCGUCCACCAGCGACAAACUUACUGCACUCCUCAAUAUUGCUAUGGCUUGCCUUUCGGUUGGGCCUGAGGCCCGCCCCACAAUGAGGGAGGUCCUCAGGAUGAUUAGGGACGCCCGCGCCGAGGCCCACCUAUCCUCAAACAAUAGCAGUGAUCAUUCUCAUUCACUUUCGCCUGGAAGAUGGUCGGAUACCGUGCAGAGCUUGCCGAGGGAGGAGCAUUUGAGUAUAUGA